GGGACGUCCACUUACUCCUGGGUACCUCUGUCCGAUACUUCUGGGAACGAAUAGGUACCAGGCAGGACACUUAGGGAACAGAUUUAUUGUCUCGAAGACGCAAAUGCGACGAUCUGAGCCCUCGGCAUGUCCGUAUGGGGCCCCCGCGGCAAGCUAUGUGCCCGCUUUCUCCUUUGGCUUUGUGGAGUUUGAAAAUCCACGUCAUGCUGAAGAUGCCAUCAAGAAGCUUGAUGGGUACUAUUUCGGAGGGAGCCGCCUCCUUGUGGAGGCUUCCAGAAGUAACCGGGGCGUCAGCACCAAUGUUGGGGGCAUGUACGGGAGGCGUGAGAACCGUGUGAUAAUUGACAGCCUCGGGCCGCACACGACAUGGCAAGACCUGAAGGAUUUUGGGAGAGAGGCGGGGAGCGUUGCCUAUGCGGACGUGUACAUGGAGCAUGGUCGACUUCGGGGAGUGAUAGAGUAUUCGACAAGAGACGGGGCUCGGACAGCCGUUAGGAAGCUCCACGGUGUACGUCUCCAAGGUGCCUAUGUCAGUGUCAGAGAGGAGGGCGCAGAGGAUUAUAAUAGGAGGAGCAGGAGCAGGUCGCGCUCACCCAUCGGACGCCGGGGAGUGGGAAGCAGAGGCAUGGGAGUUGGGCCAAGCAAUGGCGGUGUGAACUAUGGUCGCGGAAAUGGCAGUGAUUACCAUGGACGAUGGCGACCGGGUGAGGGUUCCGAUGUAGGAUUGUCAUACCCUCAACAAGGAAGGUAUAACUGGCAAAGCGGCAGCCGGCGGAGGGGGCGCAGCCCGACACCUAGGGAAGACAAAAUGUAUGCAGCCCAUCUGGGGAAUGGACGCGAACGCUCAAGAAGUCCGAUCUACCGAGGUAUCAGGCAAAGCGGCAGCCGCAGUGAAUCCCCUCGAUUCCGGCGGUGAUUGUACAGAGCCUGAGUUAAGCUGCGAUUUCAUCGAUUCGCUGCCGGAAUUACACACACGGAUGGAUCAUUGCAACAAUGUGGGACGUCACUGCGGAGGAGGCACUGUGUGGGACACAUCUGGCGCAUGCCAAUCAAUGACACAUGCGAGAUCACAGAAAGGGUGUUGGGUUUGUUGUUCAGGGUGAUAGGUCAGAAAGGGUACCCCUUGUUGCGGCUUUUUUUUUACGUAGGUAGGACUCGGUGCUUAGGAGGGGGCCUAUGUUGGUGCAGUGGAGCAAAGCUGACCGCAGGUAGUCCCGAGGAAUGGACAGAAACACGGAGGUAUGGCUCCAUAAGGAAAUCGCCAGAAAGUUUGAGGGCUCUUCUUUCAGAGGCGGAGGGGGUGGAAUUUUGCUGUCAAUUUUUUGGGGGUCACCAUCAGCGUAGUCAUCGUCUUUGUGUUGCCAGUGUUGCAGCUGCCAUCUUGUUAUUGGUGUUUGUGUCACCAUCGCUGUUGUUGAUCUCGCGGAGGUGGUUGGUUUGUGAGUGUUUGCUUUGCGGUAGCCGUUCCUUCUGAGAAGUCGAUGGAACAGGAGGCGUCGAUGGGACAGGAGGCGCUGUGCCUCUCAAUGAAGAAGUCGAUUUAUAGUAGGUUCAAAGGAGUAUGCCGGGCUGGCACAGGGGUUCGGAGGGACAAGGGUCGGGAGAGGGGGAGAGGCGGAAUACUGCAGAAGAGGAGGUUUUGUGUUGUCUGUAGAGCCAAGUGAAGCGGUGCGGAGGCAGAACGAAGGUUGACGAGGAUGAUCAGUGAUAGUGACUUGCUUUGUCCAUAAUUAUUAGUUAUGGAGCAUAACUUUGUUCAUCCAUGCUUUAGAUGAUGAUGAUAGGAGAGAAGAUGAAAGUUUACACAAGUAAAUUUGUGUUCAGGCCCUUUAUUUAUGAAUGGAGGAGGAUGAGGAUUAGUACACAACGAUAAGAGCGCAGACGUCAGACCCUUCUGGAGGAGGAGGGUUUGGUGAAAGAUAGAAUAUGGUUUCGGGAAGUCUUUCUCUUGCUGGAAAGGCAUGAGCAAGGUGGAGUGGGCACGAGGGUGUCUCUUGAAGCUUUUUGAUGGACUAGUCAUAAACAGCUUCUUCAGGAAAACACUCAGAACUGGGUGGCAAAAUAGGAAAGGAAGUCGAGGAAACAUUCUCAAAGAGGAAGGCGUAGAGAUGCAUCAGCUUCAAGUUGCGGGCACAUGGAGUACGUGGAGGCUGAUCGGAUCGUACCACCGAUCAAAGUAGUUCAUGCUAAGCUCCUUUCUGAGUUGUUGGGCCAUUCCUGCGAGCUCUGUGAAGCCUCUCCCUAGGAGCGGUAAGAGAGGAGAAGAGGGGAUGGUGGUGGUGUUUAGCACAGAGGUCAUUCGCUUGUCACUUGAUACUUUCAGCAAGUACAUGGAUUUGGCAAAGGAGGGUGUAUACCCGCUUUGCUAUGUCAUGGAAAUAAGAAAAUGAACAAGGAUGAGCGCGCGCGAGCGAGCGAGCGAAAGAGAGAGAGAGAGAGAGAGAGAGAGAGAGAGAGAGAGAGAGAGAGAGAGAGAGAGAGAGAGAGAGAGAGAGAGAGAGGUGCCUUUGUGCAUUUAUGGCUCCAGCUGAAGAAGAGGCGAGUUUGUAGAUAUCUAACGGGGUUCCUCAUGGGGGGACCAAUCUGGAUAUGUUCAACUCCAUUACGCAUUCAGCGGAAAAUUGGCAGCAUAUGCAAUCU